UUCAAAGGCUAACUUAACUUUCCCUGUAAAUGUUCUUUUUAAUUUCAAGAAGCAGGCUUUUCUUCAAUGGGCUCAUGCAUUAGGCUGUAGAAAUUCCUACUUUAAAAAAAUUGUAAACUCAUUGCUUGUAAAAUAUAAGACAAUGCUGUGUGUAUAGGGAUAGUGAGUUAAAACCAGUUUGGGAUGUGAUAAAGAGCACCAAUACAGCUGGGGCAUGACGUAACCCUCAGGGCUAAGGGAGUCCAAUGAAAAACUAAAAUGCUCAGGGAAAAAAAAGAAAACCAGAAUGUUUGGUUUAAGAGCACAAAAGGCCACAAUCUCACUAAAAACUGAAACCAAAGGUGAAAUGCUUCACGCAAGGAAGCAUUUAAAGUCUUCUCUGAACCGAUAAACGCCUGGGCCACUGCUGUGGAUCUAAUGGAUCAUCUGUAAAGAAAUACUUUGGCCACUUCAAGAUGACAAGCAUUCACUGAAAAUUACUUCAUUGAAAAGAAACUUCAUACAAAAAAUUUUUAAAGGCUGCUCCUUCAGAAGUUACAAAAUGUUGAAUUCCACCACCUCUCAGCCUCCUGCGGAGUCCUGCUCCCAAAACCCCGUCAUAACACAGCAAAUCAUUCCUGUGCUUUACCUGCUGGUCUUCAUCGCGGGUGUGCUGCUCAAUGGCGUGUCGGCGUGGGUCUUCUGCUACGUGCCCAGCUCCAAGAGCUUCAUCGUCUAUCUCAAGAACAUUGUGGUUGCCGACUUCCUGAUGAGCCUGACCUUCCCCUUCAAGAUCCUCAGCGACUCGGGCCUGGGCCCCUGGCAGCUGGGCGUGUUUGUAUGCCGGGUGUCGGCCGUACUCUUCUACGUCAACAUGUACGUCGGCAUCAUGUUCUUUGGGCUCAUCAGCUUCGACAGAUAUUACAAAAUCGUGAAGCCUCUCCUGACUUCUUUCAUCCAAUCGGUGACUUACAGCAAACUCCUGGCAGUGACGGUGUGGCUGCUGAUGCUCCUGCUCGCUAUCCCCAACAUUAUCCUGACCAACCAGAGUGCUAAGGACAGCACACAUGUAAAAUGCAUGGAGCUUAAAAACGAACUGGGACUCAAGUGGCACAAGGCAUCAAACUACAUCUUUGUGGGCAUCUUCUGGCUUGUGUUCCUUCUGCUAAUCAUUUUCUACACUGCCAUCACGAGGAAAAUCUUCAAGUCCCACAUGAAGUCCCGAAAGAAUUCCAUUUCCGUCAAGAGGAAAUCCAGCCGCAAUAUAUUCAGCAUCAUGCUGGUAUUUUUUGUCUGCUUUGUACCUUAUCACAUUGCCAGAAUCUCCUACACACAGAGCCAAACAGGAGCCCCUUUCAGCUGCCAGUCCAAGGAAAUCUUGUACUAUGUGAAAGAAUUCACUCUGAUACUGUCAGCAGCAAAUGUGUGCUUAGACCCCAUUAUUUAUUUCUUUCUAUGCCAGCCAUUUAGAGAAAUCUUGUGUAAGAAAUUGCACAUCCCACUAAAAGCUCAGCAUGACCCAGAAACUUCCAAAACCAGGAGGGGAAAUACGAUGCACGAAAGCACAGAUACGCUGUGAUUUCCCACCUUUCAAAGGAGGGCCCUGUGUGCGUGUUGUAACUUUCAUUUACACAACAAGAGGAGUAAAUGGGGGAAGGCCGUGAUCGUAAGCAUCGUCACUGAGCAUUACUCUCCAAUUAGUAUAAUAAUUAAAAUGUAAGUUUCCAUGCUUUUGUGUGACAUCAAAGAAAAAAUAAUACAUACAUUUUUCAAUCAUACCAAAAUAGAAGGUUUAAAUUAAACACUCAUCUGGUCAGUUAAUAUAGAAUUUUAAGCAGCAAAUAAGAAAAUAGACAGCAAUCAAGACAAUUCUCAGGGGUGUGUUUCCUCUCUAAAUGCAAUAAUUAAGUUAGUAAGUUAUGGGCAGUUUUUUCAACAGGAUCAUCAAGACCAACUUAAAGGCAGGCAACAGCUAGAAGCCUGUUGUAGUGAGGGAGUCAAGCUGUCUGAUUUGAAGGAGAAAAAGGAGACACCCACUGAUCUAUCUCAUGGCAUUUCAAAGGAAAGUAGAUAUAAAUUAUGUACUUUGCAAUAAAAAAUGUAAUUUUUUCUGAUAGUAUUUUGAGGAUGAUAUAAAUACAUUUUUAAUAACAUCCUCUGCAGAGAUUGGUUAAGCCACUUCAUGAGCCUGGUGUUCCGGUGUUAGAGUAUUUUUAAAAGUGGGCUCAAGCCCUGGCUGGUUUGGCUCAAUGGAUAG